GCGUUUCUGCUUGUGUUCCCCUGGUAACGCGUGUUUCUGUUCGCUUACUCCUUCUCAGAGAAAAGACGAGGCGGAGAUGGGGGCAUGUGCUUCUAUAAAAACCAAAAGGUGACGUUUAUGCAUACCCCACUGCGACCUGCGGCUAAAUUGUUGAAAUCUCGUCAUUAUGAUGCUCCGCGUUAGUGCAUCUCUUGUAUUUGAUACACCACAUAGAUUUAUGUAUUACAUCGUUCCCGAGUAAGGUGUAUGCGUUUUAUCUGUACUGAAGUCUAAACGUCACUCGUUUUGCUUAAGAUAUUUUUACGUCGGUAUCAUGGCACUAGGUUCGAGUAUCGCAUGAGACAAAUAUAUUACGACAGCCUUUUUCGGUGUUAUGCUAAGACAUACGUCAUGUUCCUUCUUUUUUCUUUUUUUUUUUUCUGUUUCAGGCACAUCACGCUUCUCAUGAUUGGUCUUGACAACUCUGGAAAGACAUCGACAACGAAGCACCUGUUGAGAGAGGGCAAUCCUGAGGACGUGGUUCCGACGGUGGGCUUCUCAAGCGUCCAGACGGAGCGCUGCGGCUUCCACGUGACUCUCUGCGACCUGGGCGGCGGCGCGAAGAUCCGCGCCAUCUGGGAGCGCUACUACGCGCUCGCCCACGGUCUGGUGCUCGUGGUGGACGCGUCGGCGACGCACAGAGCACCGGAGUGCCGCCGCACCGUCGCGCAGGUGCUGGCCGACCCGCGGAUCAGCGGGAAGCCUCUGCUCGUAUUGCUCAACAAGCAGGACCUUGAGACGGCCGUCGACGAAAUGGAGAUGUGCUCCCUGCUAGACCUGGAGAAUAUGGUCAACCAGCACAAGUGCCCCACCCGAGUGGAGAACUGCUGCGCCAUCAGAUUCGGCGGUCGAAGGCGCAAGAGAGAUCCGGGCAUCGAUAAAGGAUUCCAGUGGCUCCUGGGUCACAUUGCCCGCAACUGGGAGGAGCUCAAGGACAGGGUGGAACGGGACACAGCGCUGCAUCGCGAACAGGAAGAGAGGGACAAAGCGGAACGCCUCGCCAGGGUCCAAAAGGCCAGAGAGCUAAGGGCCAAGGCAAGUAGGAAGGAUGGCAGCAUAACUGAAGAUGAAGGGGACAAGAACGGCAAUAAAAUAGCCAGUUUCGAAUGCGAGCAGGCGGAAGUCACGGCUGAACGUCCCGGGGAGGAAGAUCCACCGGAUGAGAGGAAGAUGGAGACACCCGACGGUGCCCGCGUGAUAGUCGUCAGUCCCGUUCAGCGCCAUCCAACAGACGGCGACGAAGAGAAGCCCAGCCUGUGCGAAGGUCGUUGCGAGGAGCAGCUCUCAAAUGACCACUGUCCGUCCACGCCCUCGAACAAGAUGCUGGGACUUUCACUCUACAUCUCAGAGGCGUCUUAUCCACCGAUGACUCAGAUAGACAUGUGACUGCUCGCCAUGUGCGCCUUGAACUUACUCUCCUUUUACGCUGUGCAAUGUCACGUGCCUGCCCUUUUUCAUCUUCUGUGCCACACUCUCUACCCAGAAACAAUUAUGCAGGCUUGGUGUGAAAUCCCAUAGCACUGAACACCUGUAACCUGUCUGCUAAUUAUAUUAAUCAUCUCUGCUCAGCCACACUGCCCGGGUGUGACGUGUCAACACAUCCUAGAUAACUUUACUCAGGAAAAAAAAAGAUAACCUUGGGCUUUUCAAGUCAGGCAGUGUGUUGCACCACUUUGUGCUUUAUAUAGGCGCGUGUGGAAAUGUACUUAUAGAAUAUCAUACAAGGGUUUGCAUUCUCCUAUUGCUCAUGCAUUUGGCAUUUUAAGCCCGGAUAUCGGAAGCUAUUCCUCAGAUUAUACGUCUGUCACGAAUGUUGGUUGAUAUCGAAGUUUACGGACACAUCCCGAUAAAUAUGCACAUAUUCAAAUAUAGGCAGACCCCGUGUUUGAAUAUAGACUUGACCAGAGACAUUAGAGAGGAAGGCACCUGGUGCCGUGUUACAUGGUACAGAUUGGCUUUUGGUGGGUGAAUAAUCGAAGCUUAGAAUACAAAUAAAAUAUUAUGCACUAUAUGUAUAUGAAAAUGAACUAUUUGCUAUUUUGAAAUAUCGAAACUAACCAAAUAUUUUGCAUUAAUUGAAUGCUAAAGUAGGGUUACUGUUUUCUAUCUGGUAAACAAAGUGCCACAAAUUAUCAGAAGUGAAACAAUCAGAAAUAAUUUUAAAGCAAUGCAAAAUCAAAAUGCAAGCUUUGUUUUCAGUUGCACAGCAGAACCCUAUGUGGCAGCCUGCGAUUUUUGCUUGUAGUCUGUUAUUUGGUGUUUCUUGCAGAUGGGUCAUCUAGUAUCUUUAUCUUUUAUGCGAUGAGCAGUGACAUUUUCUUUACCAUGGGCCCUUUUAAAUGUACGUAAGAGCUUCAGCAGCUAUUUCUUUUCUUUUUCACAACUUGUCAUCUCUUUUUCAUUAAUAAUUUAUUUAUUGUUGUUGCAAAGCUAGUCAUAUAGGGUGUUCUGUAUUUUUUUUGGCUGUGCCAAAUUUUUGAAAAUUGCCUGCGGCAGAUAGCACCUUUGACCUUAAUUACUCGAUAAAGUGGCCAUUACUUCUAAAAAAAUCAACACACUUAAUUGAUAAUUAAUCAAAUCACACUAAUUAACAUUUUAAUUACUUGCCUACUUUACGGCACAUAUUUGAACCAAAAAGUUACAGCAGGUGAGUUCGCAAGGCGUACCCACUUGGAACGAUUUCUCAGGACUGCACCAGUUUUGAGAUAUUAAAUUUCAAAGUGCCCCAUGAAAUGCAUUGGCGUUCCAGUUACCUUUUUUAAGAAACUGCUGUUUUAUGCAUUGAAGUCCAAAAGUAAUUGGAACACCUAUGCAUUUCGUCGGACACUGAAAAUUAAUAUCUUGAAACUGGGGGAGUCCAGAGAAUUUGCUCCAAGUCCUGCGAACUCACAAGCUACAAUUUGUAGAUCAAAAGCUGCGUAAUAAUUAAGAAGUUAAUUAGUACGAGUAUGUUUAGUCAAUUAAAUAUUUUGAUUUCUCGUAGAAGCGGUGACUGUCUCAUCAAAAAUUCGGAUGAAGGAUACUUGAUCUUGACACUUUGCUAUCUGCCACAAGCAAUAUAUAAAUAUUUGGUGCAGAUAAAAAAAAAAAGAA